GUCGCGCUAAAAAAAAAAAAACAGCAGCGGCGGCCGUAGGGGGAAGCGAGUAAACAGAGAGAAGCCUCAAGAUGGCUGACUCGCUGGGCUCCGCUCGCCCCGCUGGAGCUGCUACUGCGGGAGCCCCGGCGGUCGCCCCCGCGACCAAAAGCCCGCCGGUCAAGCCGAACGAGGCGACAGGAGCCCCCGACAACCGCUCGCAGGGUUCCCGCGAAUUCCACGCACCGCCGCCCAAGAAGGUCCGACUCGUGGAGAGGAGCGUCAAGCCCAAGAAACUGCGCAGGGAAGGCGCAGUGGGAGGCGACGGUAACGGCGGAGAGAGACUCCGGCAGCCCGGGAAGCAGCGGAGUUACGCCUGGAGCUUCGGCCCCGUCACGGCGAGCGGCGGCGGCGGCGGGAGCGGCCCUCCGGUGCCCGCUACCGGGGGAUCCCAACCGCCGACCAAUAAAGUCUUGAAACGGAGCGAUUUCUUCCUCCACAAGGCGCCGUCCUCCUCCUCCGAACCCCGGCAGCCGGGCAAAGACAAACCGCGGGAAAAGGGCAGAGGAGGCGGGGAGGAGAAGAAGAAACAUAAAGUGUUGGUGACCUCCGCGCCGGGGAGGAAUGUUCGCAACAACAACAACCAAAACGACAUCGGCAGGAUUAACAACACUUCUGCCGGGAAGAGAGAGAACGGGGACGAGGUGUUGCCACCCAAAGAGCACUGCGACGGGGAGAAGGUCAAAGGUGGAGACAAAGACCAGGAGAAGAAGAAGAAGCACAAGGCGAUAAACGACAUCAAGGGGGAGAACGGAGUCAAGCCGCCCAUUAAAGAUGAGAAGGAGAAGGCGAAAAUCAACUCCGAGGAGCUGCAAAUCAAAAAAGUGAAGAAGAAAAAGAAGAAGAAGCACAAAGAGGGGGAGAAGCACAAACGGGUGAAGAUGUACCACCGCUCCAGCCAGACCGUUUGCGCCGGCCUGCUCCUCCUCCCUCCAUCCUCUCCGCUUCCCUCGUCCUUCUCCUCCCCUGAUCCCUCUCACAACCCCUCUCUGUCUCCCUUCAAGUCGCCUCCCCCGGUCUACCCUCCGCCCAACGACAGAACCCCACACCUCUUCCCUCCCUCCCCUCCUCUCGCCCCCAAACCCCCCGUCGACGCCCCAGACUUCCCGCCGACCUCCGCAAAGACGCCGCACCCUCCCUUCGCCAAGCACAGGCCGCGGUGCGCCGGCCCCGGCGUGGCGGGCCUGGAGUUCGCGCCGUACAUCCACAUCGAAAAGCAGCCCAACGGAGGAGCCCUGGUGGCCCACGCCUACACGUCCCAGCUGGCCUCGCUCUCCGCCAGCCAGAGGCAGAGGUUCGCCCAGGAGUUUGUCACGCUGGCGUUCAGCGAGGACUCGUCGCAGGCCGCUCAUUACGUCAUGGGCAUCGUCCACGGGGAAGCCGGAUACUUGCCGGACUUCUUGGACUACUUCUCGACCAAGUUCCCCUCGGCGCCAGUCAAAAUGGAAAUACUGGCCAAGAAGGACAUAGAAACCACCACCAUGGCAAAUUUCUACUCCCAGGUGAAGCGGACGUACAGCAACGGAACAUACAGAGCCGGAGCCAUGAGGCAGAUCAGCCUGGUUGGAGCCGUGGACGAGGAGGUCGGCGAUUAUUUCCCAGAAUUCCUCGGCAUGCUGGAGGAGUCGCCCUUCCUGAAGCGGACUCUUCCGUGGGGCACCUUCUCCAGUCUGAGGCAGAUGCGUCCCACGGAGAGCGACGACGGGCCCAUCUUGUGGGUCCGACCGGGAGAACAGAUGAUACCUGUGGCCGAUAUACCAAAGUCCCCUUUUAAGAGAAGACGCUCAACCAAUGAGGUGAAGAACCUGCUGCAGUCGCUGCCCCGGGCCAGCGAGCCCAGGGAGAUGCUGUUUGAGGACCGCACUCGGGCCCACGCCGACCACAUCGGUCAGGGCUUCGAGCGGCAGACCACGGCGGCGGUGGGGGUGCUGAAGGCCGUCCGGGCCGGAGAAAGCUCGGCGCCCCCUCGCGUGACCAAAGACGUUGUGUGUUUCCAUGCCGGAGAUUUCCCUCACGUGGUGCAGAGGCUGCAGUUGGACCUUUACGAACCGCCGCUCUCUCAGUGUGUGCAGUGGGUGGAUGACGCCAAACUGAACCAGAUGCGUCGCGAGGGAAUCCACUACGCCCGCAUCCGCCUGUGCCACAAUGACGUCUAUUUCAUCCCUCGCAACGUGGUCCACCAGUUCAAGACCGUGUCGUCUGUCUGCAGCCUGGCGUGGCACGUCCGCUUAAGACAAUACCACGGGGGAGCGGAGCAGGGGGAGGGGGUGAAGGAGGAGGAGGAGGAGGUGAAGGAAGAGGAGGAGGAGGAGGAGGAGGAGGAGGAGCAGCAUAUUGAGCUGAAGGAGGAGAGGAGAAAAGGGAAGAGCGAGAAAGGAGUGAAGGAGAGGAGGAGGAGUGAGGAGGUUGACGUGGCAGAAAACAGGACGUUGCUGGCUGUCAAAAAGGAGGAGCGCGCUCAUCAUCCAACUUUCUUCUCUCCGCCCGCUCUCCCAGUGGACUCGAGUAAGGGCGGUGCUAGGGACAAAGGGAGGGAGAGGGAGAGGUUGAAAGAAGGAGGAAAACCCAAACGGCAGGGUUCACCUCUGGCAAAGGUGAAAGCAGAACGGCCACCGCUUCCGCUCCCCAAGGACGAAUCGCCUUCAUCCCUCCCUCCUCCUCCGCCUCACAACCCAAAGCCCAAAGCGGCAUCAUCAAAGGACCUCCACCAGCAGCACCAUCCGGGCGGUAGAGUGACGUCUUCCAGUGCACGGCUUCCUCUUCAGCUCCUAAAUGGCCGCUCUCCAAGUCUCCCUCCUCCACCUCGUCGCCGUCAGCCGCCGCCGCUCCUCCGCGCUCCACCUCAGCUGCUGCUGAUCCCUCCUCCGCCUCUCCUUCGCCUUCCGCCGCGCCCCCCCCGAACGCUCCUAAGCAUCCGGCAGACUCUCGUUUCUCCGCGCCGCAUCCCCCCAGCGCGAGGGACUCGCCUGGCGAGAACCCGGGUGUCCGAGGACACGCCUUUGCGCGGACGCACGCGCCGGCCGACUUAUGGACACAAGCGCUUCACGAGCGGUGGAGUCGCGCCGUGGACUCGCGCGACGCCGCCAGGCAAGGGGGCUACAUGCAGCAGUAUGCGCCCCAGCACAUCCCGCCCCCGUGCCUCCCUCACCUGCUCCCCCCUUCCUUCCCGCCUCUCCUGCCGCACUCCCAUCUUCCUCACGGGCCGUCGAUCCUCGCACCCGGCCCGCCGCCGGCUCGACCUCUGAACUCGUACGGCGGCGCGCAGACUCAGCCAUACUACCAGGCGAGCGAGCCCCUCCCUCCCCACCUCCCGGCGCACCACAGUUUGUCCCGCACGGGCAACACUUUUUUCCCCCUCAGCAUCCCCCACUUGCCCCUCCGUCGCCUCACCACUUCCUCCCCCCUCAGUCUUUCCUCUCGCAGCCCCCCGGCCCUUACCCGCUGCAACCGCAGUACCAGCCCGAGCCUUUCCCUUACCCGCCGCCCCCUCCUUCCUCCUCGCCGCCCCCCCUCCCGCCUCCUUCCCUCCCGCCCCCUCUCCCCCCUCAGCCUUCCCCUCCGGUCCCCCCCCCUCCCUUAAACCACAAGGAGGAGCAGGAUCUGAUUUUUUAGAAGUUUUUUGUAUAUAUUGAUGCGGUUUUCAAAUGACUACAUGUAGAAGGUUUUAUUUUGGUCAUGAUGUUGUAAAAUUAUGUAAAAAGGAAGUAACCACCGUUGUUUAUAGAGCAGAGUCGGACUUCAUUCACCUCAGACCUCUGGACUGAAUUUUAUAUUGAACUGAACGCUUUGUGGGUCAGAAAUAUUGGCAGCCGUUGCAUUAAUUGGCAGUUUUUAAUUUCCGCCCGUGUGGCUUUGAAGACGAUGACGUUCAAUGAGCGUCCUGCUCCAAACCGCUGUCUGGUUCAGCUUUUCGAAGAGGGUUUUCAGAGGUAGGAAGGAACAAAGUAAUUAUUUUAUCAGAUAUUUAUAUAGAAAAGGCUCAUGAUGAGAACCUUUUUGUGAAACUUGCAGCUAACGCUUCCAUUUCAGUGGCUUUUUUUUUUCUAGCGUAUACUUUGUUCCCGAGACUGUGUAAUAAUGAUGAGAGAUUGUAAUAUUAUACAACACAAUUUUGUAUUGAUGUAAUUAUUACAAUUACUACAUUUCCUCUACUAUACAUUCGAGAAAAACCUUAAAUAACACAGUAUAUCGCAGUAUGUUUCCAUGAUAUUGUAUUUUGAGCAAUAAUGCUCCCGCAAUAAUCUGCUGAAUAUAAAUAUCCCCAAAUCAGUAUUUUUAUUAUAAUUAUUUUAUUAUAGUUAUUGAUAAAACCCCAUUGAAUCAUGCUUUUUUAAAUUUAUUUUUUAUAAUCACUCCCAAUGUGUUAUUUCCCCCUACUCUUCUCAUGUCAUGAGAUGUACUCUCAUGAUUGUAUGGUGAGUUUAAAUUCAGAGUCUCAGGGAAAAUAAAUCUCUUUCAGGACACAUCCACGAAUAUAUAAGUCUCCUGAAAACUAUCCUGAAUCUUUGUUACCUUUAAGGUUAACGUCCAGGGUCAAAUAUUCAAUCUGCAGCAUUAAGUUAUUACGCAUAUGCAGCUGACUCGGCGUAGCUCCCUGUAAAAAAAGAAAACCCUGGAUAUAUCCACUGCCGUUUGAAUGCAGUCCAUAUCAUUGAAGAUAAAUUAUGUCCGAUGAUCAAUGGGGCGAUUACCGGAUCUCUUAAGAACGUUGUGUUGAUCAGUCAGGCCUCAGUCCUCUUUGACGAACGGCUUUGUACACAGAAGUACACCGUCGAGACCCCCCCCCCACCCCCCAAAAGACUAUUUUAUCUAUUUAAUUGAUGCGCAGUUCUGUCUGUUUAUUACAUUUUAUUUAUCAGCCAGGGACUGGAGUGACCUUGUGUUUUAAAAGGUAGAAUAAAUUAUUGAAAUUCCACUUCAGUGACAACUAUGAAUAUGUUCUUCAGAGUGGUGAAUGUGUAAUUGUCACAUCUCUCCCACUUUGACGUUUUGAUUUUGCGAUCACCGCUUAAGUGCAGCCCGCCUGCGGAUGUAGCCCUCAGCGUUUUUCCCCAGUGCCUGUCCUCAACUGUGAACUACUAAGUGGUCCCACGACGUCCGUCACGGGAGCUUUAGGAGUCCCGAGUCAAAGUUUUCUGUAGAAAAUUAGAGCAAAGCCUUAAAUUGGUUUCCAAAGCUGCUGAAAACUCUCUGCGGCGUGAGUCAGGUGAGGUCAAACUCGUGUCUCGGCAUCUCUGAGGACGACACAUCAAGUGUCACACACACUUUGUGUCUCUAAAGUUUGACUCUUUUAAACUUAAUUUCGGGGACUGAACUCUUCACCUUGUGGCUUUGAGGAGAGCGAGUUGAUGUUAAGCACUCGAUGCCGGUUGUAAGGCGCUCUGCAGCUCUUUUUAUGCUUUUCGUUUUCAGAUGUUACAAAAGGAGAAAACCUGAAUCUGAAAAACUCUUACUUCUAUAUUUUUUUGUAAAAAUGUGGGAAAGUGAUAGUUGGAUGGUGGAUGGCGUUGUUUUCAGAGUUUAUUUUAUUUAUUUACCAUUUUUAUUUCAUUUCUGUGGUUUUUAACUGUCAGCACUGGAGUGUACAUACAAUGUUUUGUAAAGAGGAAAAAACUUGUAGUGUGGUUUCUACUUUCAAUACGAGCCUAGCUAAUAAAAGGUUCAUUAUAUGGAAAA